AUGUACGAGAAGCACCAGGUAAAGUAUCUGCAUGCAACAGCAGCAGCAGCAGCAGCACCAACAGGAGCAGGAGCAGGAGCAGUAGGAGCCGCAGACUGGAUGGCAAUAGAAGGACUUACCAAUGCACAACGGCGUCUUAUAAUUCGUCAUAUUCGGAUUUCUUUCUCUGCGCUCAGACUAUUUAACCAUGGGCUGUGGCCUGAAAACUCAUACGAUGACUACAUGCAGCGAUUUCAGGCGCCACCUCUUAAGAGAGAAGGAAUGCCUUGGACAGAAGAGGAAGAUAAACAACUGCUGGAGCUUGCAGAGAAAUAUGAUGUUAACUUCGGAGACCCUUGGCUGUAUUUGAGUUGGGAAAUGCAGCGAGAGAGCGAAGAUGUUCACAGCAGAUAUCUUGCAAAUGUUACUGUGCCGCAGCACGGGCAUGCCACAGUGCACGUAGACCGCAGCGCACCUAAUCCAAAUGCUGCGUAG